AUGGCCUACUACCGCGGCUCCGACCUGCACACCCCACCUCGCCCGUCGGCAGCUCUCUGUGUGCUGGACUCGCGCGCCUCUCUGGUACUAGGCUCCGACCUGCAAACCUACUUCACGCGCUUCUUAGAGGAGGAGCUCACCGUGGUGCACAAGCCGCAGCUCGACGGAGCGAUGGCCAAAGGCGCCGUCGGGAAGAAGGCGCGCGCGUGCGUGCUCGAAGAGAUGGGCCGCCGCCUCGAGCUCGACCACCUCCUCGAGCGAGAGGUGCACACCCUCUCCGGAGGAGAGCUGCAGCGGCUCGCCAUCGCGACAGUCGUCAUGCGCAAGGCGGGACAAGCGGACGUGUACCUCUUCGACGAGCCGUCCUCGUUCCUCGACAUCCGACAGCGCAUGACGGCGGUCGACAUCAUCCGCUCCCUGGUCUUUGACGACGCGGCGGAGGCGAGUGGCGAGGCCAACCCGUCAAAGUAUGUCGUCGUGAUCGAGCACGACCUCGCCGUCCUCGACGCCGUCUCCGACUACGUCUGCUGCCUCUACGGCGAGGCUGGCGCGUGGGGCGCCUCCACGAAGAUUGCGACCGUCCGCAACGGGAUCAACAACUUCCUUGCCGGUGUGUGCCGCCAGCCACAGCCUGACCGGCCGGUGAGCACUGGCGAGGGGUCCGACGCGGUGCUCGCUGCCGAGGGGGGCGGCGGCAGCCCGACCGCCGGCGCGCCUGCCUGUACGCCGACGGUGGGGACGGUGCAGUACCCCGGCGCGACCAAGACGCUCGUCUCCACGGACGGCGACUCGCGCUUCACGCUGCACGUCGAGCCGGGCGACUUCAAGGGGGCCGAGAUGAUCGGGAUGCUGGGCGAGAAUGGGUGCGGCAAGACCACCUUCAUGGACCUGCUGGCGGGCACCUUUGAGCGGGGCGGCGAGGAGGGGAAGGACGAGGGCGACGAGCACUCCCUCAAGGGGCUCGGCGUCGCCUACAAGCGGCAGCACUACGCGCCGCGCUUCCGCAAGUUCGCCGGCACCGUCGGCGCCCUCGCCGAGCGCGCGGGGCGGUCGGCGUGGGAGGAGACGUCCCUCACGUGUCGCUGGCGCGUGUGCCCCCCCCCAGGCGACCUUUUCGAGCGCGCGGUGCAGGGCGUGGUUGCGGACCGCUUCUACAGGCUGCUGGUGCUGCGGCCGCUGCAGCUCGAGGCGCUCGAGAGGCUCGACGUGCGAACCCUCUCCGGCGGAGAGCUGCAGCGCGUGGCCAUCGCCGUGUGCCUCGGCACGCCCGCCUCCGUCUACCUCUUCGACGAGCCGUCGGCGGGGCUCGACUGCGAGCAGCGCGUGGUGGUGUCCAAGGUGAUCCGCCGGUGGGUGGUCGAUCACAUGCGCAAGACGGCGUUCGUCAUCGAGCACGACUUUGUCAUGGCCGCCGCCCUCUCGGACCGCACCAUCGUCUUUUCGGGCAGGCCCGGCGUUGAGUGCACCGCCUCUGCGCCGCGGCCGAUGGCGGACGGUUUCAACGCCUUUCUCGAGCGAGACCCCGCAAACUACCGCCCGCGCAUCAACAAGCGCGGCUCGGCCAAGGACCGCGAGCAAAAGGCGGCGGGCGCGUAUUUCAUUUUUGACGCGGACGAGGACCCGGCCGAGGCGGCGGAGCGCAAGGCCGCCGAGAAGGAGGGAGGGGGCGGGAAGAAGAAGAAGUAG